AUGUCUCUUUUCCAGAUUGCCUUUGACUAUGCGGCGCCUUUCUUCCUCAUAAGCUCCCCCGUCACGUCCUAUGCCGACCAGAUCCUCAGCAUUCAUCGCACAAGAAGCUCAGCGGGCUUCUCAUUGGAUAUUCCUCUGAUUAUGCUGAUUUCGUCGAUCCUGAAGAUUUUCUUUUGGUUUGGCGAGCACUACUCAGGCACUUUGUUGACGCAAGCAAUUGUCAUGAUCGUGGUACAGAUUACGAUGCUCAAGGUUGCGCUCGAUAAUCGGCCCUCCGCCGGCGUGCGGAAUGGGAUUGAACACACACCCUUCAGCGGUGGUAACUCUGACGGUUCAUCCUCGAGACCCUAUGAGUUUUGGCAGUGGAAGACCACCAAGCCAUAUUGGAUGUCUUUGGCUUAUUUUGUCGGAAUCUUGACCGUCAUCCACCUGACCCCAGUCGCUCAAUCGCAAUUCUAUAUCAGUCUCAUUGGCUACAGCGGACUUGCCGUCGAAGCUACCCUCCCGAUCCCUCAAAUCAUUGCCAACCACCGAUCCGGCUCGUGCAAGGGCUUCCGAGUCUCCGUCGUCGCGGCUUGGAUUCUCGGUGAUACCAUGAAGAUGAGCUACUUUUUCAACAGCACAGAGACCAUCCCCUGGGCAUUCAAGCUCUGUGGUAUCUUCCAGUGCAUUUGCGACUUCUACCUGGGCUUCCAGUUUUAUUACUUCACCCGAAACACUCCCACUCAAACUCCGUCCCACUCCCACUCCAGCUCGCUCUCCAACUCGUUCAACCCACACUCACACUCGAACUCCAACUCCCUAUCCCACGCUUUUCCUCUCUCCGCUUCUCACUCCCGUUCCACCUCCCAGACCGCAGGCGAGUCUAUGGAGCAGAGCGGGCGCUGGGGUCACCACGAGAAGGAUAUCCGCAUGGACUAA